AUGCCGAAGAAGCGGCGACGACAGGAAGCAGGUAUUGAUGGAGCAGAAGAGGUGCAGCCGGCAGCGGCGAGUCCAGCAUUCUCGAAGAAAGGCUGGAAGUCAGUGCAGUUGGACUUUGAGUUGAUGAAGGAGUUUGAGACUGCUGGGGGUCUCUACAUUGAGGAAGCCGAUCCUGAUGAGGUUGGUGUGCAAUAUGGUGGAGCAACAGAAGUGCCUGCCGUGGAGAAGAGGAGGAAAAGGACAAAGAAGAAACAUCAGGACAAAGAGGAUCUUUCUAAAGUGAACGAACGUCUGAAGCAGGAGCUCGAAGAUCUUCGCAAGAAGACACAGGUGCAGGAGGAGGAGCUAGCCGCAAGCGAUUUGUCGGCUUGGGCAGAGUUUGAGCUUCAUCCAAAGCUGCUGGUAGGCCUUGCUCGGCAGAAGUUCCGGACUCCCACGCCAGUGCAGGCCCGCUGCUUGGCUCCGGCGCUGCGGCAGCGGAAAGACGUGGUGGGCGCUGCAGAGACCGGGAGCGGGAAAACCCUGGCUUUUGGUUUGCCAAUCCUUCAUCACACGCUCAGCUCGCUCCCUUCAGCAGACACGCCAGCUGCAGAAGAUGGGCCGAGAGCAUUGGUGCUGCUGCCCACUCGCGAACUGGCAGUCCAGGUGCAGGCCCAUUUGAACGCGGUGGCACAGGGCAGUCCGGUGCACACCGAGUGCCUAGUUGGAGGCAUGUCCACGCAGAAGCAGAAGCGGCUGCUUCGAAGAAAGCCCGCGGUGGUUGUGGGCACACCUGGUCGCGUCUAUGCUUUACUGGGACUAGGAGAGGAGGUGGACAAGUGCCAGUGGUUGAGGGAGGGUCUCAAGUGCCUGAGACACCUGGUCUUGGAUGAAGCUGAUCGACUUGUGGAGUCUGGUCACUUCAAAGAGUUAGACAAGAUCCUGGAGCUGGUGUACAGUUCGGUUGCUCGACCUCAGCAGCUGCAAACCUUUGUCUUUUCUGCGACUUUGACGCUGGAUCCCCGCGCUCAGCGCGGUGAGGAGGCUGGCAAGGUAGAUGCGCUGAUGUCGCGGCUGAGGUUCCGCGAGAAGCGGGCUGUCUUUACGGUGGAUCUCAGCAAGGAGCCCCAGAGCAGCAAAGAGGAAAAGGAGGAGCUCCCACGCCGGGCCAAGCUGCCUGAAACCCUGCGGUUCAAGGAGUUGAUGUGCAGCGGCGACAAGGAGAAGGAGCCGUUGUUGGCCGUUUGGCUUCUCAGGCGCUUCCGGUGGGGAUUGCCUGUCCGGGCUCAGGCCGGUGGCUAUGCUGCGCGGGUCUCUGCCGAGCUCCAGCAGAACGUGGAACCUGAGGGAGGGCGCGUGAUCCUCUUUGUGAACGCCAUCUCCUAUGUCCAGAGACUUUCCUCAGUCUUGGCUCUGUUGCUCGAGAGCCCCAGUGCGUCCAAGGUGCUAUCCAAAGUCAGAAUGCAAGGAGGCAAGCAAAGCGCUCCUCCGGGACGCACAGUGGAUGUCCUCGAUCUUCACUCCAAGAUGCGGCAGAAGGACCGCCUGAAACGCAUCGAGAGGUUCCGGAAGCUCAAGGACGCCGUGCUCGUGUGCACUGACAUCGCUGCACGAGGCUUGGACGUGCCGGAUGUGUCCGCAGUCCUGCACUUCCAGGCGCCUCGCGGCUCCGAAGUCUUUGUGCACAGAAGUGGGCGCACUGCCAGGGCUGGUCGUGAAGGACAAAGUAUUGCCUUCGUGGCGCCUGGAGAUGUGGAGCACUGGAGAAGGGUCUACCAGGCUGUCGGCAUCGCGAAGGAGGACACCGAAGCAGUGGAGGUCUUUGCAGAGGAGAUCUCGGCUGCCAAAGAGGCAGCACGUUUGGCAGCAGAGCUGGAGAAGAAGGUUCACCAAACCUCCAAGCAGUCUAGCGAGCAGAACUGGCUCAAGCGAGCAGCCAGGGAGGCAGAGCUGAUGCUUGACGAGGACCAGGAGGAGGAUCUUGUACGCGCGGCGGCCCCGCGGAAAGCCUUGUGGGGUCUCUUCCAGCAGCUGCAGGCGCGGCUGCGCCAGCCGCCCCGGCGCUCGGGCGCCGCGCGGCUCACGAAGCGCGAGCGCCUGGCCAUCGCGCGGCGGGGCCGCUGA